UUUUUAAAAUCAAAUUUCAAAUUAAUCAAUUAUAGCAAUAUUUCCUACUUCAAGGCUAAAAUCAUGUACACUAACCAUAUUCAAAAUUAAAGAAAACACCCUCAUAAAUCAUAAAUUAUAAUAUAAUAAUUUCCAUAAACACAUAAUAAUCCCUUAUGUUUCCAAAUUAGACAGAGUUUAUAAAUAUAACGCAAAAUUCCCAUAAUACAAAUCAAUGCAAUUAUGCAAAACUAUCCCCACCCAAACAGACUUCCCUCUUACACUGACCCCAUAACAUAACCAUUCCUCUUUCUCUUAAUUCUCUUUCUUCCUCACUCACUCCACCCUUUUUUUUCCCCCUUUUUAAAAAAAAAAAAAAAAUCUCCCAUAAUAAUAAUAACUCAUUCAUACUCAUAAUUCAUAUUCAUCUCCAUCUCUCCUAAACCCCUUCUCCCUCUCUUUCUCUCUCCUCAAAAAUGGUUCGCCGGAAAUUAAACAACAACAACAACGACGUCACAUCAUCGGGAAAUGACGUCAGCCCUAACAUUCUUAUCACAGUUCUUAUUCUCGCAAUCGCCGUUAUACUUUCUGCUUCUCUUUACCUCCUCCUCCGCUUCCUCCGCCGCAAUCGCACCACCAAUAAUAACAACAAUGAAGGAGAAGGAGAAGUAGAAGGAGUUGUUCAUCAUCAUUCUCUCUCCUCCACGUCAGCAAACGGACGUCGAAUAAACCGACGAAUUUCUCCGACGAAUAAUAAUAAUAAUAAUAAUAAUCCACUUAUCGACGCUCUUCCUCUCUUUCCUUUCGACUCUCUUAAAUCAACUGCCGGUGAUUGCGCCGUUUGUUUAUCGAAGUUUGAGCAGAAAGAUCUUCUUCGUCUUCUACCAAUCUGUUGCCACGUGUUUCACGCUGAUUGUAUUGACACGUGGCUUAACUCUAACCAAUCAUGUCCUCUUUGUCGUUCGCCGGUUUUUGUACCGGACUCCGAACUCUUUACUAAAGUACUCAACAACAACAACAACAACAACAACAACUACAACAACAACGUUAACAACAACAACAACGAAAACGAAUCCUCUAAUUCUCUCUCCUCUGAUUCUAGAAGCUUCCGUGUUGAAAUCGGUAACGUAAGUCAACGAAACUCCGGCGAAUUUCCAGUUCGUCGGAGUUACUCUCUUGGUGGUAACUUUGAUUACAUUGUUGUUGAUGACGACGUCGUUUCGGAAAUCCAUUCAGGUUCAUUUCGGAGAACGACGUCGUCUGCUGAGUUUAAGAAUGACGUCGAACAAUUACAACAACAACAACAAGGUGUUUUAGCGGCGGAGAUUGGUCCACGUGGCGGUGGUGGAUGGUUGAAGGAGUAUUUAACUCAUUCUCUCUCCUCAUCGUUUCGUAGUUCAGGAAGAUGGUUUUUUACAGGGAGUAGUAGGAGAGAGACUGCUGAGUCUGAAGGAGAAAAUCGGGUUUCUGAGUUGGACUUGGAAGCGAGUCGACUCGGUGAUGAAAUCGGUGAGUUGUUUAGAUGGUUGUCCGGGGUAUAAUUGUAAUUUCAUUUCUAGAUCCAUGGUAAUUCUGGUACUGUAUUUUUUUUUAAAAGAAAUUUCUUCUACUAUUACUACUACAAUUUUUUUGGGUGUAUAGAAAUAUAAAUGAAGAUGAAGAUCAACAGGUUGAGGAAUAUUUCUUUUUAUUAUUAUUGUUACCA